AAUACAGAGAGGAUUGUCUGCCUGUUUUCUACUCCACAACUUGACUGCAGUUCUAGUGUCUGUGUUGUGUGCAGUCAGAGCUGACUGUAAUUCUCUCUCUUACCUUAAGGUUGUGUAGCUGACUGCAACCUUUACUUCCCCAAAAGCUAAGAGGAAUACAGAGACUGGAUGUGUGCUCUGCUGCAGAAAAAAAAAAAAAGAUACACACACAAACACGUCUACAAGAGGAGCACAGCCUGGAUCCGGAUUGGAAUGGCUGACAAUGGAUUCCUGGCUUUAAACUUUAGUGAAGCUGAUUGAUGCUGCAUUUUCUGCAAUGUGAACAGGUAUCCAGCUCCAUCUGAGAUAGACUACUGCUGCAGAGAAUUUAAUGAGAUGACUUUGUGGGAUACGACCCCCAGGAUACAUUAUCUGCAAGAAGAAUGCAGGAGUGAAGCUGGAGAAGAUGGAUCCAUUUGGCUGUGCUGUGUUGUUGCUCCAAGCUCUCUUACAGAUGGUGGACCUGGGUCACGGAGCAGCAGAGAAAACUUUUCCAGUCCUGAACAUUGCUGUGAUUUUGGGGAAAACUCGUUUUAUCACCGAGAGGGAUGUCCGAGCUCUCUGGACAAGGGAUAUGUUCGUGAACUUUGAUGUCAAUGUGGUGACCCUGAUUGUAAAUCAGACAGACCCUAAAAGUAUCAUCACCCACGUGUGUGACCUGAUGUCAGGCACCAAGAUUCACGGGGUGGUUUUUGGAGAUGACACUGACCAAGAGGCUGUGGCUCAGAUUUUGGAUUUUGUUUCAUCUCAGACCUUUAUCCCAAUUCUGGGGAUUCAUGGUGGCUCCUCCAUGAUCAUGUCGGAAAAGGAUGCAUUAUCUACAUUCUUCCAGUUUGGAGCUUCCAUCACACAACAAGCUACCGUCAUGCUUAGCAUUAUGGAGGAAUAUGACUGGCAUGUAUUUUCUAUUAUAACAAGCACUUUUCCAGGAUAUCGAGACUUUAUACGUUUUAUAAAAAUCACAGUGGACAAUAGUUUUGUGGAUUGGGAUGUGCAGAAUGUAAUUACUUUGGAUGCAGGAUAUACUAAUGCACAAACACUAACUCAGCUGAAGAAAAUCCAUUCUUCUGUUAUACUCCUUUAUUGUUCAAAGGAAGAAUCACUUAACAUUUUUGAAGAAGCUCGCUCCCUUGGCCUUAUGGGAUAUGGCUACAUUUGGAUUGUACCCAACAUAGUCGUAGGGAACAAAGAAAUCAUACCAUUUGAAUUUCCUUCUGGAUUAGUUUCUGUAUCUUAUGAUGACUGGGAUUAUGGCCUGGAAGCAAGAGUAAGGGAUGGCCUUGGAAUUAUUUCCACAGCUGCUUCAGCAAUGUUGGAAACCUAUUCAUCGAUUCCUGAAGCCAAGACUGAUUGCUAUAUUCAAAAUGAACGGAAUGAAAGGCCAGCUCACACCCUUCAUGAAUUUAUGUUAAAUGUGACUUGGGAUGGCAAAGAUUUGUCCUUUACAGAAGAUGGUUAUCAGGCAAAUCCAAAAUUGGUUGCUACGUUGCUUAACGUAGAGAGAGCGUGGGAAAAGGUAGGAAAAUGGGAAAACAAAACACUGGAAGCAAAAUAUCCAGUAUGGCCCAGAAUCUCAGGUGCUCUGGACAUUGAGCCUGAUGACAACCAUCUCAGUGUGGUUACAUUAGAAGAGGCACCAUUUGUCAUUGUUGAAAACAUGGAUUACCUGACAGGAACAUGCGUAAGGAAUACUGUGCCAUGUCGUAAAUACAUCAGAAUAAACAAUUCAACAACUGAAGGGACAUAUGUGAAAAAAUGUUGUAAGGGAUUCUGCAUAGAUAUCUUGAAGAAACUCUCAAGUACUGUGAAAUUCACAUAUGACCUUUACCUCGUAACCAAUGGGAAGCACGGGAAAAAAAUCAAUAACGUUUGGAAUGGAAUGAUUGGUGAAGUGGUUUACAAACGAGCGGUUAUGGCAGUGGGUUCACUCACAAUUAAUGAAGAGCGUUCGGAGGUUGUUGAUUUUUCAGUUCCAUUUGUCGAAACUGGAAUUAGUGUUAUGGUAUCACGUAGCAAUGGCACCGUUUCUCCAUCUGCUUUUUUAGAACCGUUUAGUGCUUCUGUCUGGGUGAUGAUGUUUGUGAUGCUUCUCCUGGUAUCCGCAAUGGCUGUUUUUAUAUUUGAGUACUGUAGUCCCGUAGGAUAUAACAGAAACUUGGCAGGAGGGAAAGCACCACACGGACCUUCAUUUACAAUUGGAAAAGCUGUCUGGCUACUUUGGGGUUUGGUCUUCAAUAAUUCUGUACCUGUCCAAAAUCCAAAAGGCACAACCAGUAAAAUUAUUGUGUCAAUUUGGGCUUUCUUUGCUGUGAUUUUUUUGGCAAGUUACACUGCCAACCUAGCUGCAUUUAUGAUCCAAGAAGAAUUUGUAGAUCAGGUUACUGGACUUAGUGACAAAAAGUUUCAACGAUCAUAUGAAUAUUCACCCCCAUUUCGAUUUGGUACAGUCCCUAAUGGAAGCACCGAAAGAAAUAUUAGAAAUAAUUAUCCUGAAAUGCAUCAGUAUAUGGUGAAGUUUAACCAAAAAGGAGUGCAGGAUGCCCUUGUCAGUCUGAAGACUGGAAAAUUGGAUGCCUUCAUCUAUGAUGCAGCAGUGCUAAAUUACAUGGCAGGAAGGGAUGAGGGUUGCAAGCUUGUAACAAUAGGCAGUGGUUAUGUUUUUGCCACAACAGGCUAUGGAAUUGCCCUCCAAAAAGGUUCUCGAUGGAAACGGCCUAUUGAUUUAGCUCUUCUUCAGUUUGUUGGAGAUGGUGAGAUGGAAGAACUAGAGACUUUGUGGCUCACUGGCAUUUGUCAUAAUGAGAAGAAUGAAGUGAUGAGCAGUCAGCUUGAUAUUGAUAACAUGGCAGGUGUUUUCUACAUGCUGGCAGCAGCCAUGGGUUUGAGUCUGAUUACCUUUAUCUGGGAGCAUCUCUUUUACUGGAAACUAAGAUACUGCUUUACUGGUGUUUGUACGGGAAAACCAGGACUACUGUUUUCCAUAAGUAGGGGUAUUUACAGCUGUAUUCAUGGAGUGCAUAUAGAAGAAAAAAGGAAAUCUCCAGAUUUCAGUUUUACUGCAUCUCAAACAAACAUGUUAAAGUUGUUGAGAUCAUCAAAAAACAUGACUAAUUUAAGCAAUCUAAACUCAUCCCAAUGUAAUUCUCCCAAAAGAACAACUAAUUAUAUUCCAAGAGGGUCUCUGUUGAUGGACAUGGUGCUAGAUAAGGGAAAUCUAAAUUAUUCAGAUAACAGACCUUUCCAGCAAAAAGAGAUAUAUGUUGAAAAUGCACAUGAUCUCUCCAUUCUACCUAGCAACCGCCAUAAGGACAAUCUUAACAAUUAUGUGUUUCAGGGUCAACACCCCUUAACGCUAAAUGAAUCCAACCCCAACACAGUUGAGGUUGCUGUUAGUGCAGACCCCAAAGCAAAUUCAAGACCAAGGCAACUUUGGAAAAAGUCUGUAGAGACUUUAAGGCAGAAUCAGGGUUCAAUCAAUGAAAAUGGAAAUGAAGAUCCCAAACCAUCCGGCAAAACCAAGCACUUUCUUCCAGAGGAUGGGCAUUUUUCUGAUGCAUCUGACACAUCAAGUAGAGGAACCUGCCAGGUAGACAAUGAAAACAAUGGCAAAUCGCACAAGAGUAAGGAAAAUUUAAAGAAACGAUCCAUAUCAAAGUAUCCUAGAGACUGUAGUAAAGUUGAGUUGUCUUAUUUAAAAAGUAAACAAAGUUCUGCUCGUGAUAAAAUUUACACCAUCAAUGGGGACAAGGAGCCAAGUUUUUUAGUGGAGCAACCUCAGUAUGGUGACAAUGCCCCUGCUGAGGAGGAAGGAGAUUACCCUGAGGUGUAUCAAGAUCAAAAUGACAAUUACAAAAAGUCAGAUUCUUCUCUUCAUAUUAAUAGGACUCCUUUGCACAAUGAGGAAAGUCUUCCAAACAAUGAUAUUCAGUACAAAUUAUUUAAUAAACAUUAUAGUUUAAAAGAAAAGAAUGCAUCUAUAACAGAAAUCAAUGACAGGCAUAGGAAAAACUUGACCCAUUGCCGAAGUUGUCUUUCUAAUGUACCCAGUUAUACUGGUCACUACUCAACCAGGUCCCCUUAUAAAUGUGAUGACUGUCUACAUAUAGGAAACCUUUAUGACAUUGAUGAAGACCGAAUGCUACAUGAGACUGCUAAUUCUGUUCAUUCUGAAGAUGUUUUUGAGCACAACUGGCUCGAGAACAAUGCUCUACAGUUUCAGAAGAAGAACAAGUUAAGAAUCAAUAGGCAGCAUUCUUGUGAUAACAUAAAUAAACCGAGGGAGAUAGAUGUUGAAAGGCCAUCCCGUAGUAUAAGCUUGAAAGAUAAAGAACGCUAUUUGCAAGAAAGCCCUUUUGCUAACCUCCUUAUUGUUCCCUCAGAAAAACUAUUGGGAAAUAAGACUCCACUUUAUACACACUCUUUAAAGGAAACUAAGCGAAGCAAAUCCCUUUACACAGAUAUUUCCUCUGAAAACCCUUUCCUGCAUUCUUAUCAGGAGAACCAAAACCUAAGUCAUGGACAGAGCGCUUCUGACAUUUAUAAACAAUCUACAUCAUUUAAAGCAAGAAAUGAUAAUUAUUUAAGGUCAUCUAUUAAAUCUACCACUUCAUAUUCCUCAAGGGAUGGACGGGUACCCAAUGACAUGUGUGUUUCAGAGUAUGUCAUGCCUUAUGCUUCAAGCAAAAAUAGUAUGUGCCAAGCUCCAAGGGUUGUAAAUUCCUGCAGCAAUAGACGUGUAUUUAAAAAAAUGCCUAGUAUUGAAUCAGAUGUUUAAAUGUUUACUGUAUGUCCCAUGUCUUGCUCAAAAUGAAAAAAAGGAAAAAAAAGUAUAGCUGUCAACAGAAUCCAAGAUUAAUGAACAAUGCUUAGGAAAAGCAAUGUUAGCUUUCUCAGUACAUAAUAUUCAUAGAGCGUCCACUCAUUCCAGUCUACCUGAGAUAUUUUGCUUUUGUUUACUGGAUUUAUUAAAAAUAUUUUCAAACAACCUAAAGGCAUGAUGGCUCUAGACUAAUGAACAAUCAUAAAGAGAAACACAAAUGUCAUAAUGCACUUGACUCCCAAACAAGAUUCCCUUCUGUAGUGGUUAUAAGUCAUGUCAAACUGUUUUCUUUACUGUGGGAGCUCUGAAUUCUCUGUAGGGAAACAGAAUAUACCUGUAAGGUAACGUAGCUUUUUUGUAACUAACCUUACUACAGAAGGGAAAACUAAGCCAUGACACUAGGCCAACACUAAAAAUGCAAUCUGAUUAAAUACUGGCAGCUAAUAUUGUAUGUGUUUUUACACACUAAGACAUUGCUAUACUAUACUAAAACACAUCUUAUGUUGUCAGCUAUUGUUUUUACUAGCAAAAUAAGCAAUACUGUAUGCAUGUAGUUUAACACAAAGAAAAUGUUUUUAUGUAGAAUGCAUUUGCACAGUCACAAGGAGCUGACAAAAAAGUACUUUUACUUAUAGACGUAAAAAAAUAAAUCAUUCAAUGAUUUUCACAAUAUUUGUAUAUAAAUGCAGAUAGUGUAGACUAAACUAGAUCCAAGAGUUUUGAUUUAUAACAUUUUGUUCAUGCUACUGUAGACAUAAUUUUUUAUUCACAGAUAGUAGAUUUGUGACAUGGUCACAACUAGUUUUAAACUGUUUUAAUUUGUUUAGUCCAAAACUCUAGUAAUUCAUAUCAGUUAUUAUUUUUUUAAAGAUUUAUCCAGUCAAUGUUACAUCAUUUCCAUUUUCUACACUUCCAAAGUAGGGUAUUACAGCCUAAAAUGUUACAGAUAUUCCACACUGCUACCUUACGUAUAUAUACGUGUAUAGUACACCAAAUGACUGCUACAUUCGUAGAUAUAUCAAUUGAGUGCAUAGCUAUAGAGCUAUAUUUAAAUCUCAGAACAGAUGUAGCAACAUUCUGUAAUUUUAUUGGGGUAAAAUAAUUUACCAUGAUACCAGAGUUGAUCUCUUACAAAAAUGUUCUUCUCAUUAAGGAUACAAAUGUUUAUCUUUAGUAGCUGCACCUGAAAUGUUGAUGUAUAGCACUUAAAUCAGUGCAUGGUAGUCUACAUCUGCAUGUCUUUAUGUUUAUUGUACAAAGGGAAUUCCAUUUUGACAAAUGUCUGAAAGGUUAUUUCUUGACCUUGUAUAAAAUACUUGUGCCAUGUUGUUAUUGGACAAAAGGACUUUGUUGGAGUUGAAUAUUACACUAUUGGUGUUAUUAGGGAAAAAAAAAAACAAUUUACAAAAAAUAUGAAGAAA